AAUCUACUUUACGACUCAUAUGAUGUAAAUCUGUUUAUUUCCUGUUCUCAAUUCAUUUGUUUACCCUGGCAAAAUCAUAAAUUUCGCGGUGUUCCUCCAGACCAAGACUAUCAUGGCAGGAAGAAAUAUUCGCUACGAAUAUGAUAUCGGGGAAAUUGUUCUCUGUUUCGAGCCUGAUGCAACGAAAGCGAGAGUCUUAUACGACGCUAAGGUGGUUGAACAAAGGCAAAUAAAAGAUGCCAGUGGAAAGAAGAAACCAGCUUAUGUUGUGCAUUUUCAAGGCUGGAACAGCAGCUGGGAUCGUCAAGUUGGUGAGCACUAUUUGUUAAGAAACACAGACGAAAAUAGGGAACUCAUGAGAAAGUUGGCUGAAACGGCUAAAAAAUUCAGUCGAAAAAAUAGUCAAAGGAGAAGAAAAAUUAACAGCAUUCUCCAUGAAGCCUUUGGUGGAGCUCCCCCAGAGCUCGAUGUCCUGACAGAGAGUGAAGACUCAGAGGAAGAAUCAGACACUGGAAAAAAAGUUGGCAAAAUUAAAACUAGUCAAGAAAGAAAGAGACUGAAAUCCAGUUCUGUGGAAUUUGACAUACCAGACAGUCUAAAGAUUCAGUUAGAAGAUGAUUAUAAUUUAAUAAAUAAGAAAAAUAAGCUGACCCAGAUUCCUGCGAAGCCCUGUGUGGUCGAGGUUCUGGAAAGUUUUAUGAAAACUUUCUGUGUGAACUUUUUGUGUGACCCCUCGGCUGGGAGAGAGAAAACUAGGACAAGCAGCAGUAAACACACGCUAAAAUGUUCACCAGAUAAAUGUAUUUCUCUUUGCAAAGAAUUUGUGGACAGUCUAAGGAUCAUCUUUGACUUCACCCUCCCCAUCAUUUUAUUAUAUGCAGCUGAGCAACAGCAGUAUGAGUCAGCCAUGAAAGAUAUUAAACUUUCAGAUCUUCACACUAGAGAAAUUUCGUCAAAUUCAGAGUCACAGAAGAAGCCUAGCUCUUCACAUGGAAAGGUUGAAAAAACACCACGGCAGCAUCAUCAUCAGCAAGAAUCAACAUCACUUCUUCCUUCAUCUCCAUCAGAGCCUGCAGCAGAAACUCCCGCCAGGAGAGUUACAAGGCGCUCUGUCCACGAGGUACCAAAAGUCGACUGUGUCCAGCCAGCUAAGUCAACAAAAACACACACACAGCCCGCUGCCGUAUCUGGCAACAAAUCACCAAGGCAGGCGGAAAAUUCACCAACAAAAUCUGGGCCAGAGGUACAUCAUGAACAAAUUGUUCCCAUCGCAUCCAGGACAAGGCGGAAAGCGCAUUUUGAAGUGGUGGAAGUCUCCAGUGGAGUGAUUGUCAAACAAGAGCCGAGCAGUGAUCUGGACAUGGAAGUAACUCCUAUUGAUUUACCUACUUUUAGUCAGAAUGAAGAUCACCUGAUGAAUGGGAAUGAAGCAGCGUGCAGUGCUGCGGGAACUGAGAGUUUGACCCUGGGGUCAUCACGGGGCAGAGAAGACGCAAUGGACAGGAUUCUGGGGUGGCAGUUGCUACCACUAGACAUAGUGUCCAACGGACCAGUCAACCCUUCACAGAUUUAUGGAACUGUCCAUCUACUUCGUAUGUUUGUGAAACUUCCUGAACUACUGAAGAAAAUGAAUAUAAAAGAUGUUCAGCUUCAGAUAAUUAUUAAAUUUAUACAUCAUUGUUUACACUAUCUAGUAGAUCACCAAAGUGAAUUGUUUCAUGAACACACCUACAUCAAAGCAAAACAUUAACCUUUCUUCCUUGCUGUAGAAUUCUCUGAUGCUGGGAGUACAGGAAGAGGGAGUGCUCAUUUAGAUAAUAAGACUAUGUUCUAUACUAGAGGUUUGUUACUAUUAUAUAUACAUUGGAAAGUUAAUUUGUGAGUGUAACUAUAUAAAAACAAUACAUAGUUUCAGUAAUUUAAAGAAUCUCCCAAGACAUUUAGUUUUGUUCUAACCAUGUCAUUCACCACAAACUGCCAAAGAAUUCAGUCAGCAAAAAUAAAACUGAUGGCACUAAACCUUUUACAAAGUUUUUUAGCUGCCACUUAGAGGUAGCCGCUGUUGUGGUUGUGACUGCUACAUUAUUGAAAAUGAUAUACGUGUCUUCCUCAUGGUUGGAAUGACUAGUUCUGUUCUGGUCUCCUAGAAGCUUGCUUUAUUUUUAGGAACUUCAAAGGGGUGCAAUUCAUGGCAUUUUAAAAUCAGAUAUAGAUCAUGUCCCCAAAUGACUGGCCAUAAGAGCUACCAAUGAAUUUCAAAAACUAUUUUGGUACCUUGCCAUUGAAAAUAAUUAGUGAAAGAAUUCAAAUAUACAAGUAGAGCUCAGCUUUUGGUUAGGCUCUGUAAUGAUUGUAUAGAUGUUAAAAUACACUAUUACCAAAUGAACAAUGCACUGGAAUUGUUGGUACCCACUGAUACCAAAUAUAAAAUGUUUAUUUCGUGACACUGUUUUGGUCUGGCUUUGUUGUACUUGCAGUGUCAUCCUAACAAGACUUGAACAUGAAUGUAUGUUUAACAUAAGACAAAACUUAAAAGAAUUUUUUUGUUACAAAUACUGCAUAACAAUUUACUCUUGGUACUUAAACUUGAAAAAGAAAAUUUCUUGUGCCACUCACCCAUUAAGUGGCCAUAAGAAACUUGUGACUAUUUUAUGCAGAAUAGGAUUGCUAGUUUUAUUCCCUAAAUGAAUGAAAGUCUAACCACCAUUGUCUAAGGACAAUACAUUGUAAUAUGGCUCAUUUUAAAAUAUCUACUUCAUUCAUUCAAAAUGCAGUUGUGAGAAAUUCAAUGAUUGUAGAUUUGAAAUAAUUUGUAUGUUCCACUGAUGAGUUCAUUUGAAAGGGCAUUAUUUUGUUCAUAGUGAGUGUGUGGCAAGUUUCAGUAUGAAUGAGUCUGAUUCAAUGUUGUCUUGAAUAAAAUGUUUAUGUUCAUAUGUCCACUGUUGUAGAUCUAGCUAGCAACAAUUAAAUGGCAAUUUAAAUUAAGUUAGGCUUGUUGAUAUUAUUGACAAUGAUACAAGAAACUAAACAUCUGUUGUUGUCUUCAUUGUGUAAAUAAGUUAUGUCUAUAUACCAUUUCAACCAUUGUUUGACUUUACAAUUGGCCUGAGAAAUUCUGUUGUUGAAAAUAAUAAAUUUCUUUCGUUUCUUUUUUCGCUUUCACAUUUUUUGUUUGGAAUUUUUUUAUUUUCUAAAAUCUAAGCAAGAAAAUCUCACAAUAAAGUCAUGUAAGAACA